AUGUCCGAGCAAGACGUUCAUCCAAGCAAAUUCAACAAUUUACGAAGUACCUACAAAAAUUAUAUCGAUUCAUAUCUUGCAUUGUAUCAGCUAAAAACUGAAAAAGAAGAAGAAUUAAAGUCAAUUUACAAAAUGAUCAAAACAGAAUUGAUUGAUUCAAAGACAUAUCUCCCAGCAAAUGUAAUGAAAGACAUUUUAGAUAUCAUUCCGUAUAAUAAUCGCUAUACAAAAUCAUAUUUAUAUCUUGCCAAACUCAUCUCUGAUGAAUACCAUGUCACAGAGGUCAAAAAAGUUGCAACUAUUUCAAACUUCCUGUUUAAUAAAGAAUAUGGAAUUAAAUUAGACAAAUCUGCCUCUUUUCAAGAAAUUGACUCAGAAAAUCUUGCAAUUCAUACAGAAAAUACAAUUUACAGGGCCAUUAUGCAUAAUGACUUAGAAACAUUCAUCUCAUUCACUGAAAGAGAAAGUUUUGCUAAAGAUCAAAAACUUGAAAGCAAAUUAUAUCCAUAUACUGAUUACCAAGGAUAUUCAUUACUUGAAUUAUGCUGUUACCAUGGAGCAGUUGAUUGUUUCAAGUUCUUAAGAACUAAAUUUAACUCAGAAAGAACUGAAACAUGUCUAAAUUUAUCAUUUUUGGGAAGAAACAAAGAGAUCAUGAGUGAAUGUUUGAAACAUAAGAAACCAAAUGAAUGGUGCAUGGAAUAUGCAAUUAUUUCACACAACAUUGAUUUUGUUACAUUCUUGAUGAAUGAAUACAAUAUAGAGAUCGAAUUAUAUUAUUGCAGAAAAUAUAAUAAUCUUGAAUCAUUUUUAGUUUAUUUCGAUCAAACUAAUGAUGUAAAAAAUGCUUUCUUGAAUCGCCGAUAUUUAAUAUUCCAUCCCUUUUGGAAUUCUUCCUUUCACAAGGUGUGA